CUUCUCCAGUUCUCUGAACUCUAAUCCAUCGAUUCUCCAGAUUCCAAACAAAUUGCAAAGAAGAAACCCAAAACAACGAUUCCUUAUCUCUUCCGUCCAGAUUCGGAAUACACUUCUUCUGUUCUUCAUCAGAUCUUCAUCUUGUCACCAUUGCCAAGGUCGUUCUCCCUCUCGAUCGGUCGAUCCUCAUACUUCUUUUGUUCUACAUCAGAUUUUCAUCUUCUCACCGAGGUCGUUCUCUCUCUGGAUCCUCUUCGACCUAAAAAUUUUUCUUCUCCGGUUCUCUUCAGAUUUUCAUCUUUCUCCCGAAGUCGUUCUCUCUCUGGAUCCUCUUCGACGGUUCGACCUGAAAUCUUUCUUCUCCGGUUCCCUUCAGGACCUUAAAUUACCAAUUAAUGGCGGACAUAGUUGGGGCAAUCUUCAGUGCAUUGAGUUGCAUUUGUGGUACUCCAACCUGCAACUGUAUAGAUCAAUAUAGAAAUUUUAAUGAUGAUGUGGGUGAGCUGAGAAGAAAAUUGGACACUCUAACCAACCGAAAGCAAGAUAUAGAAUCAGGAAUAGAAGUAGCAGAGGCUCGCAGGGGACAAAUGGUCAGACGAGAAGUGCAAGACUGGCUUAAGCAAGUGCAAGACAUUAAUGUUGAUGUAGAAGCAUUUUUAGAAAAGGUGCAGGGAAUCAAGUGCUACAAGCGUGCCUGUCUUGACAAACUUGUUUGUAGUAAGAUUAAUGUGGUGAGGGAGAUGCUUGAAAAAGGUAGUUUUCCUGGAAGCCUUUUUAUUGACAGAGCUCCAGCUCGUGGAAACAGAAUUCCAACAGAGAAUUUAGUGGGGGAAAUUUCUACUAAAGAAGAAAUUUGGGGGUACUUGAUGGGUGAUGAGGUUGGAAUGAUCGGAGUUUGUGGGAUUGGUGGAGUUGGAAAGACUACGAUCAUGAAGAAUCUCCACAAUGAUUUAGAGAGGGAGACUAGAUUUCAGAAAGUCAUUUGGGUUACUGUAUCACAUCCUCUCAAUGUUUUUGAAUUACAAAAGAAGAUUGCUGGUGCUAUGGUUGAAAGACUUCUAGAUGAUGAUGAAGUGAUGAUGAGAGCGGGGGCACUAAUGGAUAUAAUGGGAAGAGUGAAAUUUGUGCUAAUUUUAGAUGAUGUAUGGGAAAAGUUCUCUCUUAAGGAAGUUGGAAUUCCGGAUCCAAAGGCGCAGAAUGGGUGCAAAGUAGUUGUCACUAGUAGAUCAGUUGAAGUAUGCAGUUAUAUGCGUUGUAAGAUUGUUAAAGUGCAACCUCUUUCACAAGAGGAGUCUCUAAAUUUAUUCCUCAAUACAGUUGGGGAUGUUGUUUUAGAAGUUCCAGGGUUGGAAGAAAUCUUAGAGCUUAUUGUGGAAGAUUGUGCAGGCUUACCACUGGCCAUUGUUGUGAUAGCUGGGAGCAUGAGGGGAGUUGAUGAUGUUAAUGUGUGGAGAAAUGCAUUGGCUGAAUUAAGAGAUCGUGUGAAGAGUGUGAAAGAUUCAAAUGAUGAGAUAUUUAAGUGACUAAGGUUUAGUUUUGAUCGGUUGGAUAGUUUGGAAGUCAAGAAUUGUUUUCUUUAUUGCUCCUUCUUUAAGGAGGAUUAUGUGUUUUCUAGAAGGGAGUUGAUAGAAUGUUGGAUUGAUGAAGGAAUAUUUGAUGGGUCGCCAAGUAGAGAAGUAGCUUAUAACAGGGGUCAUGCUAUUAUAGAUAGGCUUGAAAAAAAUUUCUUAUUAGAGAAAGAUUACAAGACAGUUGGAUUUGGUGGAUAUGUAAAACAUAUACCUGGGGCUAAGAUGCAUGAUGUAGUGAGAGAUAUGGCUAUCAUAAGCAUUGGUCCUGAAUUUGGAUAUAUGAUAAAAGCUGGUAUGAAUUUGGUAGAGCUACCAGAUGAGCAUGGUUGGGUAAAAGAUCCUAAGAAGUUGUCUCUAAUGGAAAAUAACAUUUUAAAAGUUCCUCUUAGUUUAUCCCCAAAAUGUUCGACUCUUUCGACUUUGAUAUUAUCAAGUAAUCCUAAUUUGUCAGAGAUUCCAGAAUCUUUUUUUGGGGAGAUGCUUACUUUGAAGGUUCUUGAUCUCUCUGGCACUGCUAUUGAGACACUACCUAAUUCCAUCUCUGAAUUGAAGAAUCUAUCUACCCUGCGGUUACAACUUUGCAAGAAGUUAAAGUACUUGCCUUCCUUGGCAAACCUCAGGGGAUUGAAGAAGUUGGACCUGCACAGGGCAGGGAUUGAGGUGCUCCCACAAGGCAUGGAGA